UGAAGUCAUGCAUCAGUUUCUGGUUUUGGUCAUUAGCUGGGGCUUAAAUAUAUCUAAAGGCACUGCUUUGCGUUUGCAGGUGAGGGUGAAAAACCACCCAACACCCAACAUUUCCUCUCAGACAGCUUUCAGUAGGAGCUCAGUGAUGCAAACUCUCCUCGCAGAGACACGACUAAACGCACAAUGAGGAGCCUCGCUUUGCUAACAGCUUUCCUUCUCUGCAGACUCAGCUGGAUCUCUGUGUGGGGAUCUGAGUCUCAGACUGUGGAGGCUCGGCCCGAUGAAGAAGUCACACUGCUGUGCUCCAACAUUUCCGUCCAUCCGACUCAGACAGACUGGUUCAGGCUGAGCGGCAGAACCAAACCCCACUGCAUCUCCUCUAUGUACACGUCUGAUGGCAAAGCUUCACUCUGUGACGGAAUUCAAAACGGAAAAUUUCAAAUGAGCUCCAACGGCAGCUCAGUUUUUCUGAAAAUCCAGCCAGUGGAUUUCUCUGACUCUGGACUGUAUUUCUGUGGAUUUUACAUCGGCGGACACACGGUCAUUGUCACUGCAACGCAUUUAAACGUUCAAGGUGAUGGUGAAUCUGAUGAUGAAGAUGAUUUUAACAGUGAAAUCGAGGAGCCUGUUGGAUUGACAAACCUCAUGAGUGUGAGCCUGGUCGCUCUGACUGUUCUCCUCACUGUAGUCAUCAUUGUUCUGGCUGGUAAAAUCAGGAACCUUCAGACAGCUGUGAAUGAAGAAGCACAGUCAGAGAGAAACAAGAAUCUGCGCUCCGAUAAUGUGAAGUUCCUUCCAAAGACAACAAGAAGCAGGAGGCCUGCGUCAGAGGGAGGAGUGGAGACUCACGUUAUUUAUGCUGCCUGCAGAUAAACUGCAGCUCUGUGCAGAACUUCUGCUUCAUCACAUGAAUCUGCUGUUCUGCUUUUCUGUGUGGACACGGCUGUGUGGUCUUGUACCCCCUCCAUCUUCCACUGUGGCCAAACACUGUGUGCAGAGCGGAAGCCACAGGAAGACUGGCCUUCAGCUCUCUGCAGUGAAACCACAAGCAACAAAAGCUGCACUGCUUCUCCACCGUCACUUUACGUCUUUUUCUGAAAAUGUGAAGAUGGUGUAACCCGAGUGUCACCUUCUUUACUGACCAGUUUUCUCACACUCGUUUCGUUCUUUCUCCUUCACACAUCAGCAGCCUGCUUGCAGAAAAGAUGCUUUGUGCAGCCAGAUGACCGAGAGUUCUUCCUUAAACUGAGAUACCUGCAGUACAGCUCAACACAUACUGAACCUGAGAAAACAUCUGGAUUGCACUGGGGGCCAGUUGCUUUGCAGCUCAGUGAUUUCAUGUUGUAGGUUGUCAGACACAUCAGCUGGUUCCACAUUAAACAGCUUGUAGCAAAUAUGUUCAGUUCCUUUUGUUUCCUUUUCAGACUGUUGUAUCAUUGCUUGCACUGAUCUUUGUGCUGCCAUGAGAAUAGAACACUAUGUGUGAGAGCUACGGUCGGUUACUGUGAGGAGAAACCCACCUUCCUCUUUAAACCUCCCUCCUGGAGUUCAGCUGUUUGAAGCUUCAUUGCAGUGAGACAAUCAAACACACAAUGAUGAGCUUUAAUGUGAUACCAGCAGCCUGCAGCCU